GCAGGCGUACGAAACCAACGAAACGUUCUUCGCGAAGUGGUACAAGUGUAUGGGUGUUCUCUGGUGGUACAAGCACGAACGUCUCCGGUUGUGCGAUGUCGUGCCAAGCAGCAAACGCUUUGCCAUUUCUCAUCACUGUGACGUAUUGCCAGAGCUGCUUUUCCUGAUCAGUCGCGCCCGCCUUGGACUGUCCUGAACGUGAACGCACAAUGGACGCGCGACGUCCCAUUCCGGAGGUCAGAAAGUGUGCGGAAGCAGGUCCCUGUCUUGACGUGCAGUGGAAACUUUCCGCGUUGCACGGUUUCCUGGCGAUGUUGAAGGCCAGCGGCGUUGAUCUAUUCCUGCCCUGCGGAAAAAGAGACGGUGUGCCGGACUGCUGGAUAGGAUCGAAGGUGCUCGUGCUGAACAGCGUGCUUCUGAGUGUCUCGCUGGAACUGCGCGAGGACAGCCCGGGUGUCCUCUCAUUAGUCACUCUGGUCGCGAGAGGCUGUACCGAGCUACCUGAUGCCGCACUCUCGGACGCGGCUUUUCUGGUGUACUGGCUCUUGUGCUACCACCGCUGCGUACGAACAGUUCACCUGGAUUUCGACGCAGUCCUUUGUCUCUGUGCGCCAACUGUCGUCGCCGAGGCGUUGCGACGCGGAUCCAGCGUGGCGUGCCUCAAGCUCGGUCUGCGCGGCGUGGCGGAGAGGACGCAGACCCUGGCAGUUCUGACAUCUGCGCUUGGGUCUAUGGUCAGCCUGGAAGUAUUAGAUAUUUGUGGAGUGACUCUAAACUACGCAAGCGUCGAUGGCGUCGUGGCAGUGUUGAAAAGCGGUCGCUUGCGUGCACUAGUCCUCGGUAUCUGCCCACAGGGGAAAAAAGUUGCCCUCAGGCUUUCUCGCGCCACCAGGAAAUGCACAGGUCUUCUAUCUCUGACCAUAAAAAGCAGGGCGAGAACCUUUCCUCAAAUUCCGUCUCUUCUGCAAAAAAACAUUACGCUAAGGAGUGUGUCACUGUCGGGGGUGACAGGGGAGCUCGUCGGCCAAGUGUUACGCUGUUUGGCGCACAACGACACCCUUGACGAACUUCGCCUCAGUGAGGCCGCUCUGGGUGAUUUACCAGUGCCAGUUGAGUCCAUCUACAAGUUCACCGAGAACCGGCACCUUAGGGUCCUGAAGUUGACGCGGCUUGAACUCGGCGAUGCUGCUGCCAUGGCGUUCGCAGAGUUGCUCCGUGACAACGUGACCUUAGAAGAGGUGGACUUCUCUGGUAGCAGCGUAGGAACUUUUGGCGCGCAUGCACUAGCCGAAGCGCUCAGUGUAAACAGGUCGUUGAAGACGCUUUGCUUAGAACAGAGUAAGCUGACCGAACAGUCAGUGGAAAUGUUUGCUAAAGCUCUCUCACUAAAUGAUUGCGUCGAGAGGGUCAGCCUUGGCAUUGUGCCCUUGCCCGAUCAAUGGUGUGUGCCUGAAGAAAUCUGUGACUUCAACAAGCUUUGCGGGCGCUUGGAAGUGACGUGGAACUCGUGGGGUCUCGAACGAACCAGCGUCUGCUUGACUACUGCGCCCCCCAGGGAGCGACGAAUUAAGCUGCGCUGGACUCGCCAAGUAUCCCUUGCUAGUGUUCGCGCCUUUUUCGCCGCUGCGUCUAGUUUAACUUUCCUUAACGAGAUGGUCGUUGGGAAUAUCCAUUCUGAUGAGCGGGGCUUCGCAGAAGCCAUCGCCGGGUUAUUGCUCUCAACGAAAACGCUCAAAAAGCUGGAGAUACGUGAACUGAUUGGAACCAACAGCGUCCUGGUUGCUAUUCUGAAUGCUUUGGCGCGAAAUUCUACCGUAUGCUCCGCCUAUUUUUCAUGCAGCUUAGGUGCCGUCGAAGUUGUCAGUGCUUUGAAGGCCGCGCUAAAUACCAACGUCACGCUUCACUGUAUUAAGUUUCGAAGUCUCUACAUGCGCAACAUGGCCAGGUUCGUACAUGGAAUUAGAGGCAACAACGUCCUUACCGACUUCUCGUUCGACUGCGUGCCCAAUAAGGAAGACGUUCGAGAUAUGUGGAGGUUGCUGUGGAGGAACAGGUGUAUGCUCAGUCGAGCUGUAAAGCAUGCUCAGGGUAUCUCAGCGGACGAGGAGGCAUUCAGUGGGCUCGCUGGUCGAGACUCUCUAAUAUGUGCACUCGUCAAGGCUACUGGAAAGACGUCGUCCGAGUGCAAUGACAUUGUGAGCCGCAUGGUAAACAAACAGCGAAUAGCGCAAGUUACUAUUGUGUAGCAUCGCCAGUUCAAGCGUGAAGACAGUUCUUCAGACCAAGAACCGACUGACGGAAUGACAGGAAGGCAGUGCUUUGUUACAGCCUUCUCCGCAUCGUCGCCAGAGAGAAUAAACUUUAUUGCAAAAUUAGAGUACGUGGCUAAUCCCGGGUGGAGCCCUCUUGUAGAGCCCCACUGACCCCGGCGUCUCGCCGGGCCUGGUCGAGGGUCACCAGUUGGCUCCCCAGUGCCACCUCGGAAACCCGCGCCUCCCAAGACCACGUUGUGAGUGUUUGUAGUGAGCGCACCAACCUAGAUGUAUGCACCGCCUUCGCUUCCGAUAUUGAUUAACCUCAGGCGGGCCCAUUUACGUCGUUAUUCAUUAUACAAAAGAAAGUGUCUCGUAAAAAUCGGAAAGUGGGUGUGCUGUUACGAUCGGCGCUGCGCCGAAGAGGAAGCUGCGUUCUCUGUUUAUGGAACAAUGCUCCGAAAGGCUGCUUGCUCGGCUUUCUUUUUUUGUUUUUAAUGAAAUAAAAAUAAGUGACGGAGUUGUGUCGCCAUUGCUUCGUGACGGCUGCCCCUUUCCACUUGGUUGUUAGGAUAUAAAAAUAAUAUAUACAUAUAUAUGUAGCCUGGAGCCUUGUAGCCUGGAGGCUUACAAAGAAGGUUCAACUUAAACUGAAAACGACUUAGCGCGCAAUGGAAAGAAAAAUCAUAGGUUUAACCUUACGGGUCAGGAAGAGAGCAGAGUGGGUCAGGGAACACACGGGUGUUAAGGGGAUCUUAGUAGAAAUCAAGAAGAAAUGGACAUGGGCAGGACACUUAUCGCGUAGGGAAGAUAACCGCUGGUCAUUAAGAGUAGCUGACUGGAUUCCAAGAGAAGGCAAACGCGCGAGGGGGAGACAGAAAGUUAGGGGGGCAGAUGAGAGUAAGAAGUUUGCGGGUAUAACGUGGCAGCAGCAAGCACAGGACCGGGUCGAUUGGCGGAACAUGGGAGAGGCCUCCGCCCUGCAAUGGGCGUAGUCGGGCUGUUGAUGACAUAUACACAGUCCUACCUUUGGGAAGUUCAAAAAGUCUCGUUUUAGCAGAGCACACAUACAGUCGCGGUCAGUCUUUCCAGCCCGUGCACUGCCCUCCCGAGCCGGGGGUGAAGCGCCAUGCAGUCCGACACAUCAAGGUUCGACGAGACGACCGUAAUGGUUUCCUGUCGCCACAUCGUCCUUGAGGAGACAACGGCGCCAGCACGGAUGACAUCCCGUUCCCGCUAAGCGAGCGGUGAGAUAUAUAGGUACUUCGGGGCGGCGGACCUUUUGAUGCGCCCAGUUGCCCGCGUGUGUGGCCAAUCACCCUGCGGUCUUCACAUGUCAAGAAAGGACCCCCUUGGUGUCACCAGGGGAGAAUGAUGACGUUAACCUAGGCGACUGGACCGUCCCAACUUGGAGCAAUUCCCCAUUCUAGGGAUCUGGGGAGAAGCGACCCUUUAUAAUGAGCCCUCGCGGGCUCACGAGACGAAAUGCUGGCCAUGUAAACAACGUAAAUAAACCACUGUUACGUUUCCCUUCAGUCUCUUCUUGCUGCCUCUGCAUCUUUCUCCCGAGUCUCCGGUGCCUGCAACGGCCGGUCGCAACAGUGCACACCUCUCGAGCGAAACUUAAAUGGCCUUUUUUUUUCAGACUGCAAUAAAUAUUUCGGUC